AUGGUAAAGACCGCCGUGACCAUUGGAGCCGCUUGCGGUGUCGCUAGCGUUCUUGCAUGUCUUUGGGCCACGAUUGUCAUUACCAAUGACAUCAAUGCCAUGUACGACGAUGUCAUGGGAGAAUUGGGAGGGUUUCGGAGCGUAGCCGACGACACAUGGGACGACAUGAUGGUAAUGAGAGCUGGUGUCCCUACUCCGGAACAGUAUGUUCGAGGAAUUUUCGGUAGACACAAGAGACAGGCCAACACACAAUGCAGCUGCGGUCUCCCUGCCCAGAACUGCCCUCCCGGACCACCCGGACCUCCUGGACCAGCUGGAGAACCUGGAGAGACCGGACCCGAUGGCAAGAACGGUCCCACCGGACUUCCAGGCCUCAACAUUGCUCAGCCUAACGAAUACCCCAAAGGCUGCAUCAAAUGCCCAGCUGGAGAACCUGGACCCGAUGGACUUCCAGGACAAGAAGGAUUCCAAGGAAUGCCCGGCAAGAACGGAGAUCUUGGAUCACCAGGAAGAGAUGGAGAACCUGGCCCAACUGGAGAGCAGGGAGAUCAAGGACCAGCUGGAAAUGAUGGACAGCCCGGUAUGCCCGGUGCACCUGGACAGGAUUGUCUUACCGGCAAAGGAGUUCCUGGAAUGCCAGGACGUGUCGGUAUGCCUGGAGAACGCGGUCUCCCAGGCAAGGAUGGACCCCAGGGAGAGCCCGGCGCAGAUGGCAUUGCCGGACCACAAGGACAGCCAGGAAAAGACGGCUUCAACGGUAUGGAUGGCACUCCCGGAGAAGUUGGAGGCCAUGGAAACGUCGGAGGCGAUGCUGAGUAUUGCCCCUGCCCUGAGAGAAAGAGAAGAGCUAGAGCUUAA